AUGGGCGCAAAGACACCAUACAUGCUGGCUAGUAUUGUAGUAGCAAUCUACACCGGCAUGUACGUGAUCUCAAAGGCUGCCUUCAACCAGGGAAUGAACAGCUUCGUCUUCGUCUUCUACCGCCAGGCUGCUGCAUCGCUUCUCCUCCUGCCCGUCGCGCUUCUUCUAGAAAGGAAAAAUGUGCGAUCCAUGUCGUUUGGGUUGAUCCUGAAGUUGUUUUUCCUUGCUCUAAUCGGGAGCACGUUAGGCAUGAAUCUGUGCAAUGCAAGUGUGACGCUCACGUCAGCAACCGUGGCAUCGGCAACAGGAAACUCUACACCUGUUAUCACCUUCUGCUUGGCACUGCUACUGAGGAUGGAGGUGGUGAAGUUAAGGAGCAUCUCUGGCAUAACCAAGGUCACCGGCGUAGCCCUCUGCCUGGCUGGAGCAUUGGUCAUCGCCUUGUACACCGGGCCGUCAGUCAGCCCAGUCAACCAUCACCGUGCCUUUGGCCGCGGCGCCCAUGCUGCUGCCCAUGGCUUGAAAGCUCCAAGUCGUGGAACAUGGAUAAUAGGCACGUUCCUGAUGCUUCUGUCCAACGUGACAUGGUCCCUGUGGAUGGUUCUGCAGGCCGGGCUGCUGAAGGAAUACCCCAACAAGAUCGUCAUCACAACCUCCCAGUGUUUGUUCAACACGAUGCAGUCGUUCGUUGUCGCAGCGGUGGCCGAGAGGGACUUCUCUAAAUGGGCACUUAAGCUUGACGUCAGCUUGCUCGCCGUUGCUUACACUGGAUUUCUGGUAACUGGAGUAUCCUACUACCUGCAAGCUUGGUGCGUGGAGAUAAAAGGACCUGUGUUCCUUGCUGUCUGGAACCCACUCUGCUUUGUCCUGACCAUAUUUUGUUCCUCCUUCUUCCUCGGCGAGAUUGUUCACCUCGGCAGCAUUGUGGGUGGAAUCCUGUUGGUUUGUGGCCUCUAUUGUGUGUUAUGGGGUAAAACCAUGGAGAUUCAGAUCGUGGAGUUUGGUGACAAUACGAGCAGUGGUGCACAAGAUGGACAAGAAGAGAAGAAUCAUCAACAGAAAGUGCUGGAUAAGGGACAGCAAGAGGAAGCAUCAAUAGCAGCACCCGGUCUAGUGUGA